AUGCCGCGCGCGCGUCGCGCGCUCGUCGUCGCGCUCGUCGUCGCGCUGUGCCCGCGCGCGUCGAGCGCGCGCGCGAUAUCGCGCGAGGACGCGUUCGUCGGGUACUCGGAGCGCGCGCGCGGGGCGACGCUGCGAUUGACGCUCGACGGCGACGGCGCCGGCGACGCGCGCGCGAUCGCGCUGCGGCUGCGCGAGGAUUGGGCGCCGACGCUCGCGCGCGAGCUCGCGGGCGGCGCGGCGCGACGAGGGUCGUUUUACAGGGCGGAGGCGACGCCCGAGGCGGGCGCGAGGGAUGGCUACGGUGGACCGGGACCGCCGUACGCGCUGCUGCAGGGCGCGCUGGAGGGAUUGCGAGGACGAGCGGAGGGCGAGGCGCCGAUCGUGGCGCGAGGGUACGCGUGCGUGAUCGGGUCGGGGCCGGAUUUCUUCAUCGCGACGAGAGGACACGCGGAGUGGGGACGAGCGCACGCGUGCUUCGCGGAGGCGGACGAGACGUCGAUGGCGCUCGUGGACGAGAUCACGGAGACGUACGCGGUGCAUCCGGAGACGUGGGGACGGACGAAUGUGACGGUGUUGAACGAGAGAUUGCCGUUUUCGGCGUCGAUUGAAUAG